UUUUACAGUUACAUAGAAUACUGCCACUACAGCUGUGGCCGCGGAGCAAGGAUGGCGCGUUGGAUCAUCAUUUUUCUCUGCGCGUGCGUCGCCGGUUGUUUAGCAGAAGAUCCAGUAUGCAGCGACAAUGAGAUCCUAGACAACUGCCCUGUGGACUGCGCAGACGACUAUUGUCCGUCGAGCGAAGCACAAGCACUGCAGGCGUGUCCCCCCAGUCCCAAACCAUGUAACCCACCCGCCUGCAAAUGCGGCUUCAACUAUCGCUAUGCCAGUGCCAAGAACAAGACUUGCAUCCCUACUAGAGAAUGCCGACCCUUCAAAUGCAGCCGUCCUAACGAAGAAUUCAACCCGUGCCCUCCAUAUUGUCCAACCGACAGCUGUGACGAGGCUACCCCUGACGGUAGAUGCCCGCGGCCAGGCCGCAUCCUUAUCGUGCUGCAGUGCACACCAAGGUGCCGUUGCAUCGAUAACUACUGGAGACAAGAUGGUGUUUGCAUACCCUAUGCGGAAUGUCCCCAAAACAAGAACUCCACAUCUGACUACCCUGACUACGACGAAGCAUCGGAGUACUUGACGUCUUUCGCAACAGCUUCUGCGUCAGCUGUCGCGUUUUCCAACGAUUCUCCAAACGCAUCAGCGGCUGCAUCAGCUGUCGCUUCAACUGACCCGUCAGGUGGUGCGUCUGCUGGUGCAUCUAGCGCCGCUUCUGGUGGAUCUAGCGCUGCUACCGCUAGCGCUGCAGUAAAACAUGGUAAAAAAGCACCAACCUGCAGCGGACCUAACGAAGAGUACGUCUUGGAGAAGAAGUCCUGUCCCUCCGAGCUUUGUUCUUCAAUGGUGGAACGCAGAGACUGCAGAAACGCGCCUCCUCCUCAACCAGGAUGCGCUUGCAAGUCGGGAUUCCUCCGAGUCAACAAAACUUCACACUGUGUACCCAUAUGCAAAUGCCCCCAGAUGUUACAUUCCCCUGAUUGCUUAUAAGUUAUUUUUUUCUGAUUGUAUUGUAUAAUUAGCACAUUCAAUUUUGAGUCCUUUUUAAGAAAAUCCUAAACAAGUGACAGACAAAGCAGAUUCUAAAUACAAAUAAAGAAUAAUGAGGUAACAAGAA